CUUAUCGUUAUAGUUUCAAAAUGUCCACAGCCCCUAUCAUCGAAGCUCUCAAGCAGGUCCUUCCAGCUGACCAGCUUCAUUUUCGUGGUACAGAUGAGUUCGACAAGAUCAAUGGAUCGUAUCUUUCAGCGCUCGAAAAUGAUAUCACCCCAGUCGCCAUUAUCCUACCUAAGACACCGAAGGACAUUUCUACCUUCUUGCUUACCAUCAAUCCUUUUGUUGCCCGCGGCGAAAUGGCCUUUGCCAUCCGAGGGGCUGGCCAGCAACCCUUACCAGGUUGUGCGAACAUCCAAGGGGGGAUAACAUUGGACUUGCGCCUGUUAACUGGUAUCGAUCUCGACCUGGAUACUGGGAUUGUGUCUAUUGCCGCUGGCGAACGCUGGGGUACAGUCUAUGAGAAGCUGCAUGAACACGGUCUCGGUGUGACUGGCUCUCGGUCUGCGAAAGGCGGCAUUGGAGGAUUAGCAUUGUCAGGAGGCCUCUCCUUUUUCUCUUCUCGCGAAGGCCUUAUUUGCGACAACGUUAUCAACUACGAGGUCGUCCUAGCUUCCGGUGAAGUUGUCAGUUGCAAUGCCAAUGACCACCAAGAUCUCUGGAAAGCAUUAAGAGGCGGGGGGAAUAGCUUUGGUAUAGUAACAAGAUACGAUAUGAGAACUUUCAAGCAAGGCCCGUUCUGGGGCGGCAGCGUCUUCUAUUACCCAGCAAGCUUUCCUAGUCAGAUCGAUGCCUUGGUCCAGCAGUUACAGAAUCCAGAAGCAGAGACUCAUAUCAUGAUUAGUCUCUUCUUCGCAGCUCAAUUUGGCCAGCCUAUGGGACUAAACCAGCUUUAUUACACCCGCGAGGUGGAAAGUCCCCCUGUCCUAGAUCCAUUCGUCAAGGUACAGCCACAGCUUGAUCAACUCAACUCGAUGCGAAUGGUCAAUUUGAAAGAUGCCGCAGCUGAACAAGCUGCAAUGGCGAUGGAAGGGAUAAGAUGUGCCUACAUGAAUACUACGGUCAAGGCAGAUGCUGAAACCCUUAAAGCCGCAGCCGAAGCCUUUUCCGCGAGUCUUGACCAUGUUGAAGGUUUUGAAGACGUCGUUUUCUCCUUAACACUCCAGCCCUACCCUGUCUCCCUCCUCGAGCAGUGCAUAUCUGCAGGUGGUAAUGCCACAGGCCUAACUCCUACUACGGGUCCGCUAGUUUCUAUUUUGGUAUUGAUAAACUGGAAGAACAAGAGCGACGAUACCCAAAUUCUUGCUGUAGGGAAGGACUUGCUUGAUACAAUCGAGCGGGACUCUGUAGCAAGAGGCCAGGCCGUUCCAUACAAGUAUUUAAAUUAUUCAUUCAAUUUCCAGGACCCAAUCAGCUCCUACGGGCCGGAGAAUAAAAGCUUUCUCCAGCAGGUCAGUAAGAUAUAUGACCCUGAUGGUAUCUUUCAGAAAGGAUUCCCUGGAGGAUUUAAGCUAUUUGUCUGAAUAUCUCUAUGGAGCGCUAAAGAGCGUCGGAUAGUUAGGUAGCUAAGAUAGGGGGUAGGUAAUAACAGUACCUUG